UCCAUCCAGAUCUCCGGGGAGACGCUGUCGGGGGCGGAGAUCCGGGACAUCUGCGAGAGCCUGCGGGAGAACUCGGUGCGGCUGCUGUCGCUGCGCGGCUGCCAGCUCUCCGAGCGGGACUUCGGGCACGUCUGCCGGGGGGCGGCCGAGUCCCGCUCCCUGGCCCAGCUCAACCUCAACCUGGGCAUCGUCUCCAACAUCAACCGCGUCAAGCAGCUGGCCGAGGCCCUGAAGACGAACCGCUCCGUCCAGUCCCUCUUCCUCCAUGGGAGUCCCCUGACAGAUGCAGGCUUGGCCCUCCUCAACCCUGCUCUCUCCAUCCACCCCUCGCUGGUGGCUCUGGAUCUAGGAGACUGCAUGCUGGGUGAUGAAGGCAUCAACCUUAUCUGUGGGCUCCUGCCGCCUGACGGGGCCAAGUCCGGCCUCAAAGAGCUAACGCUGAGCGCCAACCCAGGCGUCACAAGCAAAGGCUGGGGACGCCUGGCCAUUGCAGUGGCUCACAGCUCGCAGCUCCGCGUGCUGAACCUGGACUACAACCCUCUAGGUGACCAGGUAGCAGGGAUGCUUGCUGUCGCUGUGGCCUCCAGUCGAACCCUCGAAGUUCUGGACUUGGAGGGAACGGGACUUACCAACCAGUCAGCCCAGACCUUGUUGGACAUGGUAGAGAAUUACCCCACAGCCCUACGGACACUCAUCCUGGCGGAGAACAACAUUAGUCCCGAGCUGCAGCAGCAGAUCUCUGACCUGCUUUCAGAGGGUGAGGAAGAGGAGGAGACGGAGGCUCGUGAAGUCACAGCCAGGGAGAAGAACCCCUGGAUCUGCCAGAACAAUUCCAGCUCCCAGAUGGUCCUGAUGACGUCAGGUCUCGGUGACAGCCUCUUAGCAGAAACAGAAAUGUAGCUGGGCUACCCUGCCUGCUUCUGCCGAGAAGAGCACCGUGCCCGCUGGGGGAGCGUGCGUCCACCAGCCCCCCCCGGCCUCCGGUGGGCUGCCCCAGCCGUCUUCUCACACAUUUCACGUCCUGUUGAUGCCUCCCUCGGCUCUCUGAGUGCUGGAGCCUGGUCCGAGCGAAUCUCUACACACGUCUGUGUUGUCACGCACUCCGUCGGCCGCUUGUGAUUGUCCCGUCGCUGCAUGUGUAGCUCACGCUGCCCUGCCUCCCCCCCACGCCCGGCUGUUCCCGCGGGGCGCAGGCUGUAUUUAUUCAGAUGUGCAUAAGAGAUGUUCUUUCUAUUGCUUGUACUGCUGUUGCGAUGAGAGUUUUAUAAAGGUCACAGACGUGGCACCA